AUGCCCCAUGGCUUCGACAAGCUUCUACACCAUGAACCCGAAUCAUCCCCUCCCGCACCACCUCGCCGGACGUCAACCUUACCUCGAUACCAUCUUCAUGUCCGCCAACAGCCUAUUGCCGCACGAGCAUGCGGCGCCGGUGACCGAGAUCGACGUCCCGUUGACCCGCCACCAAUCGUACAGAUUCUUCUCACAGACUUCGACUCAGAAUCCCAAGACGACAAAGACACCCUUCAAGAUCCUCGUUUUACAGUCGGCUGUCUACUCUUUCCCUUCUCAGACUCAUCCACCUGGACCCAGCUGGAUCCAGAAGCAGAUCGAGACCAAGAGAAAGAGAAAGAAUCCGACGGCGUCGCUCGCGCAGAUGACGAUUUUUCCACCCCCCUCCUCUCAGGAAAAGCUUUCAUGUCCCCUUUUUACGUGGAAGCUGAUCCAGAUCCUAACUCUGCCCCUACUCAUCCCUCCUCCGAUGAUAUCAAUCCCCCUCUAUCUUCCCACCCUCCUAGUCUGCGCAAUGCCUCCAAACUUCAUCAACCUGCUACCUUUUUCAUUUUUGCCGAUCUCUCUAUUCGCACGGCGGGCUUAUAUCGCCUACAGUUUCGGCUUAUGAAUUGGGGUUCUGUCGAGGAUACCGGUCAAUCUAUGCCUAUUCUUGCGGAGGCCUGGUCUGAUCCGUUCCGCGUGUAUCCUGCAAAGGAUUUUCCGGGAAUGCGCGAUUCGUCUAUUCUAGCAGAAGGUUUGAAGGAACUUGGGUUUGUGGAGUUGAAAACUCGUGGAAAUGGGAAGGGGAAGGGGAGGAAGAGGUUUUGA